AAUAAUGUAAUAUGACUCGAUGUAAUAGUGCCGAUGUAACAAAAUAUCAAUGUAAUCGCAAAUUUCAGAUGCAUAAUAACAUCAACUGCGAUGUGAUAUCACAUCGCUCUUGAAUUACAUUGAAACGACAUGAUUAUUUUGCAGUACGUUGAUCUUGUGUAAUAUUUACAUAUGAAACACAAACAAUAUUACACAUAAACAGCUGCAACCACAUCGUUCCGAACUGUUUUCGUGAUAUUACACAAAAUCGAUGCUUAUUCACAUUCAAUCCAGAUGUGAUAAUAAAUCGCGCAACACUGUCCGCAUGUUGUUGUUUGAUGGUCGACGGACGACGACGCCAUAUUUUUUUUUGUUCGAAGAUCUUCGCGUUUCAAUUUGAGUCUUUAUUAAAUUUUAGUGGUUUAUCGCGAACCUUUUAAAAUAAAAUUCGAAAGUCUAGUGCUUAAGAUAUAUGAAGUUUGGACCAGAAAGCAGCUAAAUUCAUCCGGUGCAAGGACCAUCAGCGGUAGCAACUCAAUGAAGGAAUCCGUGCCAGCAAUCUUGACGGACAAACCAUCGAAGGACAAAGUUAUUCCGAUGCAUCCGCUUUCACAGCCCAUCUUCCGCUUGUUCAUUACGCCUGGCAAGGAGAACAAGAAACUUUUCGUCGGGGAAUCGGUUCCGAUCCGCGCUUGUGAGAGUCCCGCUUUCUGCAGAUGUUGGCCUUCCAGUGGACGCAAUAUUUUGGCGAGAAGGAUGUCUAUUUCAAGAAGCUGGAGAAACACGGCGGGAUUUGCGAUUGCCAGCUCGCGGGACACUAUUGUAUAUGCGGCCAAUGCCGACAGCCGGAGACUGAAAUCGGUGUCACGGAUACUGGUCGAUGUCGUGCUACUGAUGGUGCUAUGGCCGAAACUGGCCAUCGAGGAAGUGAUCCGGGCAAGGCAAGGCAAGCGGUUUAAUUCUAGCUGGAAACGCUAGAAAA